UAAGCAUAUGUGUCCUGUCCUGCAGGGAUUCGUGCUUUUCCGACUGUGUUCGUUUAUUUUCGCGCUGUUCAUAUUAGUUCCCACGCAUUCUCCUUUUAUGCGCGGUGCUGUGCUGGAAAUGGCUGUGUAGGGAGCUGAGAGUUAUGUGCUGCAAAAGAAAGAAAGGGAGAAAGAAAGAAAGCGGAUCAGGAGUGAACAAAGCAGGUGGAAGACUUUAAAGCAUCGAGGGAAAGAUACGGUGAAAGAUAAGGAAAUUAGCUGUCUACAUUUCGACGUGUUGAACAGUUAAAGUGCCGCCACAGCGAGAUUUGGAAGAAAUAUAUGCGGGUUGUCACUGUCCAGAACGUGAGGAGCCUGAGAAAAUCAACGACUGUUGGACUGUCCUACUAUGCCUCCACCCCCACAGACGACAGAGGUUGACUGAAGAGACCAACACUGGGCCUCAGUUAGGUUUCGAGCUGUCUAGCUCGUUUUUGCUGCUUGAAGGAGCAUGUUGCCAACGCUGUCCCUCUGCUCCAUCAUUUGGUUAAACCGUGGUAUCAAGCUGAGGAAAGUGCUCCACUGCGCCAACACCGGCCAGCUCUAAGGCAGGAGCACCUUACCUACCUUGCUGUAUAGACUCGACCAUUUCAGCAAUGCUUCUAAGCUUCAGUUGAUAGUUCUUUGGCCCUAAACGACCACUACUCCAAGCAAAAUCAUCAUCGUUUCCUGGUUGCCGUAGCAUUGGGCCGACUUUCGCAUCCUCUGCGUCUUCGGCAGCUUUUAUCGGUUUCUUAUAAUGGCGGUCGAUGGUUUCCAAUAUCGUGCCCUCUACAUCUACACCAAGGACUUGGAGGAGGACAUUGACCUGCAGCCCGGGGACAUUCUGACCGUCAGCAAGGCCUCCCUGGACUUCAAGGAGUGGGAUGAGGAGCGUCCCGAGCUCCUGGGCUGGCUGCUGGGCUUCAACGAACGCACUAAGCAGAGGGGGGACUUCCCAGGGACAUAUGUCCAGUUCGUGGGCCCCGUGAGGAUGGCACCGCCACCCAGUCAGCCUCGCUCCCAAAGACCCCUCCCAGCAGCCCCGGGGCCUGAGCCACAACAAGCAAAAACAAGAAGGGGAGUGUCGUGGAAAAAUAGAGGACAUGGACCAGGUGGUUGUUGCUACAGUGACUGGGGGUGCUACAGCCAGCUGCUGAGAGAACUGGAUGAAGAGGACCCUCCCUCCUAUAGAAGCUGGUUGAGGAUGGACAAGGAUGCCUUCAAUUUCUUGUUGAGGAUGGUGGAGCCACAGACCAGAGCUGUCUCUCUUCUGGAUUUGACCGAGCAGUUCACACCGCCCGAAACUGCUCCCCAUACCCUGGUGAACCUAGUGGAGGCCAUUGAGAAGAAAGGUCUGGACUGCAAGACACUGUACAGGACACCCGUGGCAUCCUCCAACUCGGAGAGCCCAACAGAGAGCUGGAGUGGUGAGGUGGAGUCGGGUAGUGACGUGGGCGCCUUGUCGGAGUGUGUGGUCCGCUACCUGAGGGAGCUGCCGUCCCCUGUCAUCCCCCCCGGUGUUUACCCAGACCUGCAGGCUGCGCUGCAGCACGGCGCCGCGGACGUGGCGGCAAGCAGCAGCGGAGGCAGGGAGCUGAGCCUGGUCCUGGAGAGGGCCACCAGUGUGCCUCUGCACCAUCGCCUCACCCUGCAGUACCUGCUCACACACCUGGGCAAGGUGGGCCAGGGCUCCCAGCUCAACGGCCUGGACCCUCACACCCUGGGCCUGGUCUUUGGGCCGCUGCUGAUCCGGCCCAGCUCUGCCACUGGGUGGGAGGUGGGGGAGGAGUUCCCUGCACUAGCGCUGGAGAGGCUGCUGAUGGAGAGGGCCAUGGGACAGGAAGUCCCGCCCCCUGCUCUACCAGUCAAGCCAAUGAAGGCCAAAACCACGACUCCAGCCAUGACUGAGACUCACAUACUGAGUGAUUCCGAGUGGUACUGGGGGGAAAUCUCCAGGGAGGAGGUGAACGAGAAGAUGAGAGACACCCCUGACGGGACGUUCAUGGUCCGCGACGCCUCCAGCAAACUGAAGGGAGAGUACACACUGACCCUCAGGAAAGGAGGCAACAACAAGCUGAUAAAGAUCUGCCACCGGGGCGGUCGCUAUGGCUUCUCCGAGCCGCUCACCUUCACCACGGUGGUGGAGCUCAUCAACCACUACCGCCACGAUUCCCUGGCCCAGUACAACGCCAAGCUGGACACCCGGCUCCUCUACCCCAUCUCCAAAUACCAACAGGAGCAGCUGGUGAAAGAGGACAGCAUUGAGGCGGUGGGCGAGCAGCUGAAGGUGUACCACGAGCAGUACCAGGAGAAGAGCCGGGAGUACGACGUGCUCUACGAGGAGUACACACGCACCUCACAGGAGCUCCAGAUGAAGCGCACGGCUAUCGAGGCCUUCGGCGAGACCAUCAAGAUCUUCGAGGAGCAGUGUGAGACCCAGGAGCGCUACAGCAAAGAGUCCAUCGAGAAGUUCCUACGCGAAGGCAACGACAAGGAGAUCCAGAAGAUCCAGAGCAACUCAGAGCGUCUGAAGUCUAGGGUGACGGAGAUCCACGACAGCAAGAGAAAGCUGGAGCAGGAUCUGAAGCAGCAGGCCACUGACAACCGAGAGAUUGACAAGAUGAUGAACAGCCUGAAGCCGGACCUCAUUCAGCUAAGGAAGAUCCGGGACCAGUACCUGGUAUGGUUGACACAGAAGGGGACGAGGCAGAAGAGUAUCAAUGAGUGGCUGGGCAUAAAGAACGAGGCAGAAGACUCAUACUCGCUGGUGGAGGAGGACGAGGGCUCGCCCCACCACGACGAGUGCACAUGGUACGUGGGCGACAUCAAGCGCACCCAGGCAGAGGAGCUGCUUAGGGACAAGUGUGACGGCACCUUCCUCAUCCGAGAGAGCCAGACGCAGAAGGGCUCCUACGCCUGCUCCGUGGUUGUGGACGGCGACGCCAAACACUGCGUCAUCUACAAGACGGAUAAAGGCUACGGCUUCGCCGAGCCUUACAACCUGUACGGCUCCCUGAAGGACCUGGUGCUCCACUACAAGCAAGAGUCCCUGGUCCAACACAACGACCAGCUGAAUGUAACCCUGGCCUACCCAGUCCUCACCCAGACCCAGCAGCAGCACCACAGAUGAAGGGCAGUGUGACACGACGACCCCCAACGGUGACCAGCACUUCCAAAGCAUGGCGGCAACAACAAAAAAGCACACUCAUUACGUACCACAGUACCAGCCGCAGUAAACAUGAGACGAAAACCCUGUUUGUAGACUGAAAACAACAUAAGCACACCGUUAUGAUAAAGCUUUCAGACCAUAUUUAGAAGAGCAAGAAGGAGCGAGAGUAGAGGGGAGAGAGUCGGGGAACUGGAGGUUAAAGAUACUGGAUGGAGCUCAGCUUCUUUUUUUUUGUUGCCUUGGCACCCACUUACCCUUCUAGGCAAAGGCCUGAGCUGUCAUCCCCACUAAGGACUUGGCUAACCUGGCUCCUCACCACACUGCACUUCACAACAACAAGAUCUAAGAGAUGGGUGGGGGGGGGGGGAUACAUGGUCCUGGAAAGGCGGGGUGAAGUGGCUGGACAAACCAGUUACUUUCUAUAAAAAGCUUGCUUAAGUACCAUAGAAAGAGCCUUGAUUGACCACAAGCCUGUGUUGGGAAAGAGGGAACUAUAUAGGGUGGGAUGACAGAAAGCUUUAUAAAAAUAUAUUUUAAAAAGUUUAAUUUACUGGUCUCUCCUCCAGUUUGUUGUAAGAUAAACAUUCUUUAUAAAAAUAGAUAUGUUAUAUUUGUUUUAUUGUGAAUAGAUAGAUAGAUAUUCACAAUAGAUCAAAUGUGUAUAUAUAUAUUGAUGAAUGCAGUUUCUAAAGGGAUUCAGGUUUCCCUUUAACCCUGCGAGCACGUUUCUUAUUUCAAAUGUUCUCUUCAAGUGCUUUCUUUUAUACUGUAGCCAUGAUGGACUAAGGUAUUACUGUUAGUAUUCUUGAGAUGUUCUCAUUUCUAUGCUAAUAUACUCACAGAUCAUCGACCUAUCAGAUCUUAACUCUCAGUACUGACUGGUUUAGUCUCUAGGAAGCCUAUGCAGUGUUCUUUUCACAAGCGCUUGCUUUUAUGUCGCAGCGUCACUACUACUCACGGUACUUCCUCUUUUGAUCUUGACUGUUGUUUUUAUUUGACACAAGCUUGAUUCACAGAGCUGUAGAACGUUGUUGUACAAAAUGGAAAAAAUGGAUUCUUGUCGUUAUAUGAUCCAUAUAUAUACCGACAGUAACAGACAGUGUGACUGUCAAACAGAAAAUAUUGAAUGGUUUUCUUUUCAACUGUGUCCCCCCCUGCAGGGAAACUGCUGGAGGACGUAUGGUAUCCAGCUAAACGUGAGCCCAAAUGAAGGAUGUCUUUUUAUGUAGCAAAAAUAAGAUUGGAUCCUUUUUGACAGUAAGCAUGACAACGGAGGUCCGGGGGAUUUUCCAUAAGUACCAUAUGCAUGAAAAUCCUUCUUUUGUUUAGUACCUAGAGAACUUGCUCUAGUACUUGUGCUGUUUUAAGUGCAUACGUCGUGUGUACUAGACCUGUAUAAUGCACAAACAAUUGUACGUGAAUAAGAAUACGUAUAGAUUUACAGACACACUGUUCGAGGUGAAUCCCUCCGUGGGUACUGGGCAGUACUUUUGAUGUGCGGCUUAAAGGACUUUCUUCCAUCCCUUUUGCGUAGCACAGACUUUGUUCGGGUGAAGACACUUCAGCCAAAUUUCUACCGUCGAUUCGUUACUAAAAAGAAGCCUCGUAAUGAAACCGAGGAUAGUGAGGAUUUUAAAUGUGGUGGCGCUUUUAGAUUUCUUGAGAAAGAGGAAACUUCCCAGAGAAAAGGAGUUUUGCAAAUUUUUUUGUAGAAUGUGCAUAAAAAUAUAUGUGUCAUGGUGGGCGCUCAUUUUGGGUAGUUUUAAACAUGAUCAUUUGCUCCGAGCAGAUGUAUUUUUCCCAUGUUGGUUGUACAGAUUAAGUAUGAUAACAUGGAUACUGCAACUGAAUAGUCAUGCUAUUGGAUUGUUUAACUAGUUGGAGGAAAUUGGAGUAAUUUGGUUUGUGUAAUUGUCACAUUUUAAUUGGAAGUUGAAAAAAAUUAUACAAUUUUGUGGAGCGUUGCAUAUUGGCGAGAGCAUUUUGUGUUCAAAACGUAUUUUUGGUACAAAUAUUAGUAGAAGGAAAAUAAUUAUCUAAAGGAAAAAUAGCUUGGUACUGUAUAGUAGUGUUUUGCACAGUUCUUGGCCAGAAGAAUAGCCUAGAAUUACACGAAGUGGCAGUAGUGAGAGACCUAUAAAAGAGUGAUUUACAAAGUUAAGAAGUGCCUUAGCUCUUCUCUUGUCGUUGUCGGAGGAGCUUCUCUCCUAUAGACCGUGCUACCGCGUACUGUAUGCUUUGUUUAAAAAGCAUUUGCCAAUGAUAUAAUGUCAAGCCCCUGAAGAGAACUGGCAAAUGCGCAUAGUUGUAGUCUUUCCUGUAGUGUGCGAGGUCCGAGUUAUAGAGAUUGUGUUAGUUUAGUUAUGCUUCUCUCUUGUUACAUCAUUUUGAAUAAGGUUACAAUUGUAUUUUUUUGUGACGCCUAUAGCUUGGUGCUCUUCAGUGAGUGAGGCCGUUUCCUUUGGGGGUUUGUUGUAUAGUUUAUUGAAUCACACCUAGAGUGGAUAGAAAUGUGAAUACACAGUCAUAGCCCAACACGUAGCGUUUUCCGUUUUAAUAAGCCGAAUCUCAUUCAAUAAGCUCUUAAGUGAAUGCAUGCAGUACUUCUCACGGUGUUUUCACGUCAAUUCCCUGUGACUUCAUUUCCUGUUUACCCAUCUACUGACUCAUGUAUUUUACUCAGUCCAUCGGACCAACAUUUUGCAAAUGCACUUUUUCCUUAAAGAAAAUUACACCAAAAAUGAUAUUUUGGUAUUUGUUUCAUUAGUCCAUUGUUGAUAUAGUCCUACAUUUUUUUGCAUGUCAGCAAUCCAGUUCUCGAGAUGGUUGACUUUCGAAAUACAGCCGGUAUGAUGCAUUUUGCUUAGGAUGCAAAAUUUAGCAUCAUAUGAUGCAAAAUGCAUCAUACCGGCUGUAUUUUAGUUUUUUAUAUAUAAAACUUCAACGGGGGACUAAAACAAAUACCAAAAGAUGAUAGUUUUUUGGGGGUGGAGUUUUUCUUUAAUUGAGUCUCCAAAAUUAGUUAAUUCUAAACCGCAUUAGUGAAGCUCAGUAGGCCAUGAUAGUAUUGUUUGUUUUUAUUAAGUGUCAUGUCAGGGAUGUUUUAAUCGGACUUUCUUUGUGAAACCGAGUUUGUGGGGGGGGGGGGGAGGAAACAUUCAGUGUUCCCCCUACUCGAUCCAUUUGGUGGAGUCUUCACGAACUCUGAAAUUGUAAGCCGGUAUUGGGGCAAGUAGGACUCAUGUCCAUUUAUUGCUGUUUUUCAUGAUUUUAAUUGUUUAACUGUUAUAAAUCUGUGUUUGGUUUUGAUUGUGCCAGGCCCACCCGUUUCCCAUUCGAAAUGGGUGACUCGUUUCAAACCAAAUGAAAGGGAAGCUAGCUAAUAUGCAAUCGGCAUAUUUGGUCGGUCCUCGACGCUCCAACGGUAUGGAUGUCAUGGCGUCACUUGCAGUAACAUGAAUGAUGACACAUGUGCAGUGAUAGUGUUUCGGCGGUCGUGCCCAAUGAGAUGACUUGGAGCAGGGUUAGCUUUGAGUUGUCCUUUACCCAGUUAUCGUGAAACCACGUGUCAUAGCACCCUCCAAAAUGUCCAGGUGAAUUAUCCAGGCCAUUACUAUUACUUUUCUUUGGUACAUAACACCUGUAAAUAGUGGUGUCAUACUUCUACCAUAUCAGUAAAUAGUGGUGUCAUACUUCUACCAUAUCAGUUACCGAAUACAAGUAAUUAACAUUUUAUUACGUUUGAAUAUUUAGGUUUGAAGCAUAUUUGAAAGAAAUAUAUUGAAAUAUAUCUUGACGUAUUGUUUUGGGGUUAUAUAUUCUGAUUUAAUUAUGCUGGGAAUGGAUCCGAAACAGACGCUGACUAAAUGAGUUUAGAUGUGAAACAUGUCUAUUGACAAGUGCCACAGCAGCAUUGCAUCAGUGGGCCAAGUCAUGUCUAGUUUUCAUGUUAACGCCCUGAUGUGUAAAUCAUAAGCUAAGCUUUAUCAUUAUCACCAGCAAGCGUUCCUUCCUUUUUGAUCGCGGUAUUAUUGGUUUUAAUUGACCCGCAAUGAUUGAGGAAGAGGAGGCAGGCUCAUCUACGUUUCAAAAUGCAGCGCUGAAUCUAGUUGUCCAUGACGACAUACUGAUUGGCCAACCUUGGCCCUACUCACACAUAAGUGUCUCUGUCAAAUUUGAGUAGAGAUUAUCAAUAGUCUUGACACAAGUGUCUUUCAGCAAAGCUCCGUUGUUGCUACCCUAACAAGGACCCGUGACGAUAGAGUUGACCAAUACUGGGACUAACUGGUGUCUAGACUACAGCCUCUAUAUUCUAAGAUUAUAAAAUGUAUUAUCUGAGCAGAAAAUAGAUUCCUAUACAGAUAUGCUUUGUCCAUAGGGAUGGGGAAAGCACCUUUUUUUAAUUUUUCAUUUAUUUUAAAUCAAAAUUACAUAAAUAUAUUCUCAGCUUGGAGAUUCUGGUUGUGUUUUUUUAUAUUGCGAGAGGAGGCAGUUUGAAAGUGAUACCAGGGGAGUGUUUGAGGUAUGAAAAUAAUGUAUGAUUCGAAGAGAGGGGCAUUUAAUAAUCGGAUAAAAGUCCCCCAAAUGCACUAGAUAACACAUGAUACUUCAUACCGGCCAAACAUGUUGCCAACAAGUUAAGGAACAAAUUUCAACAGUUCAGAAACACUCCUUCAGUGAAUAACCAACCUUUGCAGGUGGAACAAUGAUGUCAUUGGAAAGUGUUCCUUUAUGGUGUCUAGGGUUUGUUUUUAAUUAGACUUUUUUUUUUUAAAGAAAUUUAAAGCAAAUUGAUUUGUCUGUCCAAGUGUUUGUUUGUUUAUCUUUGUUAAUGAUAACCUUACAGAAUCUAUAAAAUAAGCUAGCUUGAAUAUUUUCCUUCAUACAGAAAAGUACAAAUGUUUACGAUAUCUAAUUAACCAAAUAGCAAGUAUGCGUUUGAGAAGUCAAUCUGUCUGUCCCUAAAAGGGCCUCCGAUAGAUUGAUUUGAUUUCUUUUUUCUCCUUUGUCAUUUUAAACUUGAAAAUGUUAUGACUGCUUGUUCUUUUUGUUUUGAUUCUUUUUGUACUUGUCAAACAGUGCUCCCUCUAAAAAAAAAAAAAGAAAGAAAAAAAAUUGUUACCAUCUUCUGCUUAGAACAGAAUCGACUAAAUUGUUUUUUGAAUGGCCCCCGGGCAGAAUGGUCUGCAAUGGGCCCUCUUCCCUGAGUGGCUUAAAAUCCUUGAUCUCUGUUCCUUUACCUUCUAUACUGCCGACUACUUCAUCUUAGACUGAGCCUUGUGUAUUCACGACUGAAUCUUAACUUUAGAUAAAGGCUUAACUUUGCGUUUUUUUGAUGUCAAUGGGAAAUUUUGAGUUGCGCUUGCAGAUCUCAGUUAGGAUUUGGCCGUAGAUUGCACCCUAGAUGAUUUGGGAGGCUUUAGUUUUCAGGCUUUUCAAGAUUGAAAGAGCGGGAGGUGCACACUACUUGGUGAAAAAUGUAUGUCUACAGUCUUGGGUUGAGUCAACUAUUACAUUAAUUUGGAAAUGUGUGAAAGUGAAGAGGCAUGUAUUUCGAUUUUGCACUGUCAUUCUCGUCUCACUACACUCUAAGAUAAAGACGUUCCGUGACUUGCUCUC